UACAUAUUACCACCAAGUUUCACUCAAGUGAAUUGUUGUUCUUACUCAAUGUAUUAACUAAUCGUCACAGUGCCAGUGCCGGCCAAACAUAAUCGUAUAAACCGCAAUAGUUUUAGUUUACCAACGAAAAAAAUAUAGUAUCUGUUUCUAUAAUGCUUUUGUUGAGUUCGUAAUAAUUUCUGUGCAAACAUGGCAAACGAAAACCACGUAUUGUGCGCUUGUAUGUUUCGGAUAUCCAUUCUGAUCGGUCUCCUGUCUGUAGUAGUCACUAUAAUAUACUAUACGCCAAUACCAGAUUUCGAAUCCUCGAAAGAAAACUGUGAUAGAGAAUGCCACGAACUCGAAUGGCCGCUAAUUUGCCGGUACAAAAUCGUUUUAGAAACUCAAGGCGCUCAAAGUAAUUAUCAAAAAUGUUUACACAAUCAAACGAAUAACGAUGUCUAUUGUGGCAAAACCUCAAAUAAAAUUAUUACUGCCAAUAAACAAUACCCCGGUCCGACAAUUAAAGUAUGCCAAAGCGACAUUAUAGUGAUAGAUAUUGUAAACCGAAUACCAGGACACAGCUUGUCGUUACACUGGAGAGGUCAAUAUCAAAAAGAAACGCCGGUAAUGGACGGAGCACCGAUGAUUACACAAUGCUCGAUAUUGCCACACACUACGUUCCAGUACAAAUUCAGAGCCACUGAAGCCGGUACUCAUUGGUGGCAAGUGCUAUCUGGGGACGAAUUAACGGACAAAUUGUUUGGGGGAUUUGUGGUGAAACAAUCAAGACGUCAAGAUCCUCAUUUUAAUUUGUAUGAUCAUGACGAAGAUACUUUGUUGAUUGAAAACGCUGCUGAGAACGGUACAUACGCAAUGCGAGUCAACGGAAUUUUAUUGAAUACAUCGAUGACGGUAAAGACCAACUCUAGAUAUAGAUUCAGAGCGAUAAAUUUCGGUGGUGAUUUGCGGUGUCCACUUCGAAUAACAGUCGACCAACACUAUUUAACAAUAAUAGCGAUGGAUGGCCACGGAAUGGAACCAAAAACCGUCAGUGAUCUGGAAAUGAAACCUGAUGAGACUUUGGAUUUUGUCCUCACAACACGCCAAGGCAAAGGCGAUUUCGACAUGGUUUUCGAAUCCGUUGGUCGGUGUGUGUACUUGAAUCUCACCUACACGAUGACAAUAAACUACAAUUCAUCAUUAAACGACAUCAUAAAUGAUAUGAAAAAUCCAAUUCGCAACAUGAAGGCCGAACUGUCGAAUUCGCAGACAACUAGUUUGUCGGCAUUACCUCACGAAUUAUCUGCGCCUUACAUCGAACAAACCAUUUAUUUAGGAUUUUCAACCGUCAAAUAUCAUUUUGGAACAAUGUGGUCAAUGCCGAAUUUCAACAAUAUAUCGAUGGUACUGCCGUCCGAGCCGCUGCUUCUAAAUCAACCAGAAGACAUUGACGUUUGUGAAACUGGGCUUUUGCCUAAAAGAUGUCGACCAGAGCAUAGGUUUUGCGAGUGUACGCACAUCGUCGAGUUACCUUUGGGAUCUGCCACAGAACUGGUCCUCUUUGACGCAGGCACAGAAGAUAGAACGGGCGAACCGCAUUCGUUCCAUCUUCACGGUUACAGCUUGCACGUGGUUGGUGAAAAGCAGAAGGCAUACGUCCGUUCUGUAGAGCAAGCAAGGAAACUGGACAAAGCCGGAAAGUUAUUAAUAAGGACACUCGACAGCUCCUUACUGAAGAACACGUUUUCUGUUCCUCCCGCAGGCGUAACAGCAGUGCGGUUUAUUGCUGACAAUCCUGGAUUUUGGUUGUUCAGGAGUGAAAAGACGUCGGUGUGGUCAAAUGGGUUGUCGUUAAUUUUUAAAAUUAUUCCUUCGGGAAGUUUCCCUCCAGUGCCAGAAGAUUUCCCGAGAUGCGGAAAUUUCAUAGGCCCGGAUUUUUUUUUAGCUUAAGUUUUAAUGUUAAAAACCAAAAAAAUAAUCGUUACCGCUAUCGAUUGAUCUCCAACAUUAUUCAAUAAUAUAUAAGCUACAGCCUACCGUCAUUAUUAAAUAAAUAGGUAGAUGUUUUUUAUUUUACUUGGUAUUAUUGUCAUCAUCUCUUGUUAAUUUAUAGGAAUAUUUAAUUCGACCCUUGUUAGCUAUAGUCAACGUUUUGGUAAUUUUGGUGAUAUAAUAUUAAAUUCCGAUUUUAAACAUUUUAAUUAAAACAUGCAUGAACAGUGAAAACAACUGUAACGCUUUUCUACAGUCUUCUGUAUUAAAACCAUUUGUAUACUACUGAUUGCACGUAGCUAUGAUGAUAUUGCAUAAUAUUAGUUGUUAGAAAAUCGUUUAGUUCUAUAGUUAUACAUAUAUGACUCUUAUGCUCUUUAAAUUAUGUGUGUUCAGAACAUGCAUAUUUCAAAUGAAUGAAAUGACGCUCAAUUAAAAUAGAUUUUUUAACUAUAGUUUUGUUUAUUAAUAUUAUACUGUUAAAAGGAUUAUGUUUAAGUAUUAUCAUUUUACAAAUGUAUACUAUGUUAAGCUACAUGUUGAGCUACACUAUUAAUAUUUUAUAUAUUAGAUUAUAUAUAAUCUGCGGCAGGUAAUCGCCUGUCUUUCCUACACCAAGUUAUAAUAUUAUUUAUUAAUUUGUAUGAAAUAAACAAUAAACAAAUGGUCGCCAAAUUAAA